AUGAAGACGGAGAGCGUUGAGAUGGUUAAGGAAGCGAUGAAGCUCACUAACAACAUGAUCUGCAGGAUGAGCAUGGGGAGGAGUUGUUCAGAGGAAAACGGUGAGGCAGAGAGAGUCAGGGAAUUGGUGUUUCGUAAGCCUCUUGAGAAGCUUGGAAUUUCACUGUUUAAGAAGGAGUUAAUGGGAGUUUCGCAUGAAUUUGACGAGUUGCUGGAGAGGAUUAUUGUGGAACAUGAAGAGAAACUGGAUGAUCAUCAAGAUAGGGACAUGAUGGAUUUGUUGUUGGAAACUUAUCGAGACGAAAAUGCAGAGUAUAAGAUCACUAGGAACCAAAUCAAAUCUUUGUUUGUGGCUCUGACACCUCAGCGCACAACACAGUGGACAAUGGCUGAGAUCAUUAACAAUCCUAACAUUCUUGAGAGAUUAAGAGAGGAAAUCAAUUCGGUUGUAGGAAAAACAAGACUGAUUCGAGAAACGGAUCUACCAAACCUACCUUUUUUGGGCGGUCGUUAA